GAUCUGCUUUCGGCACGCGACUCCGCUCCAACACUUCCAAAAGGGCAGAGAGAGAGAGAGAGAGAGAGAGAGAGAGAAGAAGAAGCUUCCAAUGUCCGACCAGUCAACAACGCCAUUUUUUCCGUUUCCCAUCCUCAAGUUCCUCAAAAACUCUUCUUCUCCCAUCGACAACUCUCUUCCUUCUUUAUAAAUUUCCCUUUUUUUCACCACCCUAACCCUAAAAGUCCGACCGUUUCCCCAAAAUGUCGAUCCCUCUCCUCCUCCUUCUCCUCUCUGUGCUCCCCACUUCCUUCUCCCAACAAAGCUGUACCAAAGACAUCAUGCCUCAAAACAAACUCUACUCCCUCUGCAACUCACUCCAGCAGCUCUCUGCCAACCUCCAUUGGACUUACCAUCCUGCAAACUCCACCGUCGACAUCGCCUACCGCGCCCCGCAGACCUCCGACGGCUGGAUCGGUUGGGCUCUGAACCCUACCGGCACCGGAAUGAACGGCGCAGAAACCAUCUUUGCCUUCCAUGAUUCCAAGGGCAUCAUGACAACAGUCACUUAUCCCAUCACCUACCAGAACACGGUUGUGAGGAACUCCAGCCUCAGCUUCAAGAUUUACAGCAUGUCCUCUGAUUUCUCGAAUAACAUGAUGAGUAUUUAUGCGACUAUUGAGCUGCCGGGCAACAAGACGACGGUGAAUCAUGUGUGGCAGGCUUCGACGAUGUUCAGUAAUGGAAUGCCUUCUGGUCAUGCGACGAGAGGAGCGAAUAUAAGGUCGACGGCGAUGCUGGAUUUGCUCUCCGGCGAGUCGUCGGGAUCUGGGAACUUAAGAUUGCAUCGCAAGAAUACCCAUGGAGUUCUGAAUGCAGUGAGUUGGGGCAUUUUGAUGCCGAUCGGAGCCAUCAUCGCGAGGUACAUGAGAGUGUUCAAGUCCGCAGAUCCAGCAUGGUUCUACCUCCACGUCGCUUGCCAGUGCUCCGCUUACAUCGUCGGAGUUGCCGGAUGGGGAACCGGCCUCAAACUCGGCAGCGACUCGAAAGGGAUAACAUACCAUUCUCACCGUGAUAUCGGGAUCGCUCUCUUCUGCCUCGCUACACUUCAGGUUUUUGCAUUGCUUUUAAGACCCAAAAAGGAUCACAAAUACCGCUUGUAUUGGAACAUUUAUCACCAUGUCAUUGGCUACACUGUCAUAAUUCUCAGUGUGCUCAACAUAUUCAAGGGAUUUGAUAUUCUAGACCCUGAGAAAAAAUGGAAGCAUGCUUAUAUCGGCAUCAUCGUGGCUCUGGGAGCCAUCGCCGCCGUUCUCGAGGUCGUUACUUGGGGUGUCGUGCUGAAGAGGAAGAGGUCGGGCGGCUCCGAUAAAUCGCAUCGCGGCGGCGGCAAUGGUGUUAUUGGUCUCAAUGGCACUAAUGGUUAUGGUGGAAGAGAGCAGCCAAGAGUUUAGAGCAAUGUGAGGUUCUUUUGUCAGAAAUUUCAAUCUUUAGGAGCUUGGAGGCAUAGCGAUGAUGUUUGGUAGAUUUGUAAUUUUUUUAUAGGCUUUGGUUAUAAUACUGCUAAUAUAUAUACAUCUUCUAUGAUGUCUAAUCAAUGAUAUGAGGGGUUUUUAUUAUGG